UCCUGGCGCUUGCGCUGCGGGCAACGGGCCAUGGUGGAUGGGACUGAGCCCGGGCGGGCCCGGGCGCCAAGUUGGAAAGGGUGACAGUGAGCAGCGGCGGCGGUGGAGCUCGAUUUGGCGGAGUGAGUGGAGAGUCGGCGGGUGGCAGGCAUCAUGCGCGGCCAGCGGAGCCUGCUGCUGGGUCCUGCCCGUCUCUGCCUGCGGCUGCUCCUGAUCCUGGGCUAUCGGCGCCGCUGCCCACCCCUGCUUCGGGGCCUGGUCCAGCGCUGGCGCUAUGGCAAGGUCUGCCUGCGCUCCCUGCUCUACAACUCCUUUGGGGGCAGUGAUGCUGCUGUCGAUGCUGCCUUCGAGCCGAUCUACUGGCUGGUGGACAACGUGAUCCGCUGGUGUGGGGUGGUGUUCGUGGUGCUCGUGGUAGUGCUGACCAGCUCCAUUGUGGCCAUUGCCUACUUGUGUGUGCUGCCCCUCAUCAUCCAGACCUACUCGGUGCCGCGGCUCUGCUGGCAUUUCUUCUACAGCCACUGGAAUCUGAUCCUCAUUGUCUUCCACUACUAUCAGGCCAUCACCACUCCACCUGGAUACCCCCCUCAGGGUAGGAAUGACCUUGCCACAGUCUCCAUCUGUAAGAAGUGCAUUAACCCCAAACCAGCCCGAACUCACCACUGCAGUAUCUGUAAUAGGUGUGUGCUGAAGAUGGAUCAUCACUGCCCCUGGCUUAACAACUGUGUGGGCCACUAUAAUCACCGGUACUUUUUUUCUUUCUGCUUCUUCAUGACUCUGGGCUGUCUGUACUGCAGCUACAGCGGUUGGGACCUUUUUCGGGAGGCUUAUGCUGCCAUCGAGAAAAUGAAACAGCUCGACAAGAACAAACUUCAGGCAGUUACUAACCAGACCUAUCAGCAGACCCCACCACCCACCUUCUCCUUCCGAGAAAGGGUGACUCACAAGAGUCUUGUCUACCUCUGGUUCCUGUGCAGUUCUGUAGCACUUGCCCUGGGCGCCCUGACUGUCUGGCAUGCUGUUCUCAUCAGUCGAGGCGAGACCAGCAUCGAGAGGCAUAUCAACAGUAAGGAGCGACGGCGGAUGCACGCCAAGGGCAGAGUUUUUAAGAAUCAUUACAACUAUGGCUGCUUGGACAACUGGAAGAUAUUCCUGGGUGUGGACACGGGAAGGCACUGGCUUACUCGGGUGCUUCUGCCCUCCAGUCACCCGCCCCAUGGGAAUGGAAUGAGCUGGGAUCCCCCUCCCUGGGUGACUGCUCACUCAGCCUCUGUGAUGGCUGUGUGAGCUGGAAUCCGUCAACCUCAACUCCAGCAUCAGUGCUUCCUGCAUGGACCUUCGGGGAUCCUUAGACCCCUGGAAAAAGGAGUGGGCCUUCUGUCUGUAUUCUGCGGGGAAACCCAGGGACAGUCUCCUGGCCACUGCAGAAGUGAAAAGCAGUGUGAAAAUCUCAAGGACUGACAUCAUUAAUUUACUCAGGCAAAUAAGCUCCUGCCAACUGGAGAUCAGGCAGCUAGUGAUGUUGCAGGGUGUUGGCCGCAGGUUCCUCUGGUUACACAUCUGGGACUGGCCAUCAUCUCUCCUGUUCGUCUGAGGAAACUGAAAGAUGGAUCUGAAAACAUCCUGGCUUCUCAACAGGGCAAAGACACUAGGCAAAUGCCGAGGUCACUGUCACUUCUCAUGUGCAGCUGAAUGGAGCGAAAAUAAAGGUAUCUGAUUUUUUU